CCUAGAUCUCCAGGGUUUUCUUAGGCUGUCGCACAAUUACUCGACAUAUCCAGGCCUCACGAGUCGGGUCUGGCCAUUAUUCCGUGUCAAGAUGAUACUCUGAUUGGUUCCCAGUAUUGGCCUGAACAGAGACUGCUCUCAACAUGGAUCCAGAUCGAACAGGUCCUGGUGGCGGCGGCGUCGCCGGGAGGAGCAGUUCUGUCCAACGCAUGACGCGUCGUGGCUCAAAUAUGAGCUUUCAGAGCUAUGUCUCCGAUGUAGAGAUGGCCAAUGAUGAGCCAUUUUCAGGUCCAAUAUCAGAAUCUGUACCCUCCUCGGCGACGGGGUUUGCCUAUGCAAGACCUCGACAACGAGCUGGCUCAAUCGCAUCCUUCACAUACUUCCAAGAGCCCGACGAGUCGCCUCGCUACUCCGAUGAGGAUGAGGAGGCCCUGGUACUUAGUGAUGACGAGGGGGGACACCAUCCCGAUGAAGAACGCGACUUGGAAUCUGGGGAUACCAGCUCGCUUCGACGCAAGUCUUCCAGUAGAUAUGGAGCUUCUGCGGAACAGCCACUUCUCCGGCGGCACGCAUCUGCACGAAGCGACAUUCAAGAGCACGAUGACGGCGGCACCUUUUCUCAACAGGUUUUCCUUGAGAGUGAAGAUCUGACAAUGGUUAUUGCUGGUUUCAGUACCUCCAGUCUCGGAUUGCUAUUGUAUCUUGCGAUUUGUGUCUUGACUGCUGGCAUUGGCUAUCUUGUUAUGCGUUGGGUUCCACGAUGGCGCAUAUCCCUGGUCGGCUCCCCUACGCCUCUCAAAAAAUGUACUUGGGUUGUGGUUGAGGUGAGCUUUGGACCCGAACGUAGACGUCCCAGAAAAAAGGCUAAGAAUUUUCAGAAUCAAUGGGGCGAGUUUACUGUUCACUAUGUGUCCUCCGAGGAAUAUGGCUACCCACUGUCCAGCGUCUUCACCCAGUCUGGAAGAGAGAAGCUCAACGGCUAUCGAUAUGACGGAGAUCACGAACUUCCAGUCCUAAGAUACCUUGAUUAUAGAUACAUGAGGCUUAUUUAUCAUCCUCUCGAGGACAAAUUUGUCCUUAACAACGACUGGUGGGAUCCCCAAUGGGAAUCUGUCAAAGCGCUCCGAGAGGGUCUUGACACCGAUGAAAGAGACCCACGAGAGCAGGUCUUCGGCAGGAAUAUGAUUGAAAUUCAAGAGAAGACUAUCCCAGAGUUGCUUCUCGACGAGGCUUUUCAUCCUUUCUACAUCUUUCAAGUCGCAAGUCUUCUCUUAUGGUCAAUGGACGAAUACUAUUACUAUGCUGCUGCCAUUUUCUUGAUAUCUGUGUUCUCAAUCACAAGCACCGUCGUCGAAACUCGCUCGACAAUGCGACGUCUGAGGGAGAUUUCACGUUUCGAGUGCGACGUCCGUGUGCUCCGCAAUGGCUUUUGGCGUUCGGCUCAAUCUGGCGAUCUUGUGCCCGGGGAUGUGUACGAAGUUUCCGAUCCCUCACUUUCGCAAAUCCCUUGCGACAGCUUGCUCCUGGCUGGUGACUGUAUCAUCAAUGAGAGCAUGCUCACAGGCGAGUCAAUACCCGUCUCGAAAGUCCCUAUCACAGACGAAGCUCUCCCAUAUGUCGAUCUCGGUGCGACUUCCAUUCAUCCAAGCGUAGCUCGCUUUUUCCUCUUUUGUGGUACAAAAAUCAUCCGGGCGAGACGACCUCAAGACACCGAAGAUGACGAAGCAGUGGCGUUGGCAAUGGUGGUUCGUACAGGGUUCAACACUACAAAAGGGGCUCUGGUACGGUCUAUGCUCUUCCCAAAACCCUCUGGAUUCAAGUUCUACCGAGACUCAUUCCGCUAUAUUUCCGUCAUGGGUCUUAUCGCUGCAGUCGGCUUCGUCGCAUCAUUCAUCAAUUUCGUCAAGCUGGGCUUAGCAUGGCAUCUCAUUGUUGUGAGAGCGCUGGACCUCAUCACCAUCGUGGUCCCGCCGGCGUUACCUGCAACGCUCACCAUUGGUACGAAUUUUGCACUCUCUCGACUGAGGAAACAGCAGAUAUUCUGCAUCAGCCCACAAAGAGUGAACGUGGCUGGUAAAUUGGAUGUCGUCUGUUUCGACAAAACUGGUACUCUGACUGAAGAUGGGCUCGACGUACUCGGAGUGAGACUGGUGCAGCAUCCUGAAAUUCGAUUCGGCGAUAUUCUGGAAGAAGCCCAUGCGAUAUUGCCACCGGCGUCCUAUGAUCGGGAUCCUACUGUCGACUAUCGCGUCAACAAAAACAUGCUUUAUGCAAUGGCCACCUGUCAUUCGCUCCGCUUAGUAGAUGAUGAGCUAAUUGGAGACCCGCUCGAUUUGAAGAUGUUUCAAUUCACCGGCUGGUCUUUCGAAGAAGGCUCUCGUCUUACAAACCACUUCAUCGAGCCCGGAACUCAUCAAACCGCUCCCAGUGUAGCUCGGCCUCCACAUGGGUUCGAGUAUGAUCUUGAAGACUCAGAAGACAACUCCCAUCCGGUCAGAGUUGAACUAGGAGUUCUACGUUCAUUCGACUUUGUCUCACACCUUCGACGCGCUAGUGUCAUUGUCCGACAAUUUGGCGACCCUGGGGCAAGCGUUUACGUCAAGGGUGCUCCGGAGGUGAUGAAGGAUAUUUGUACUCCCUCAAGCAUACCUGAUGAUUUUGACGACCUUCUCAGCUAUUACACUCACAAGGGUUUCCGUGUCAUUGCCUGCGCAUCGAAAUAUAUAUCCCGAGUCAACUGGGAUGAGAUACAGACUAUGGAGCGUUCUGAGGCAGAGUCGCGACUCCAGCUGAUCGGCUUCAUUGUGUUCGAAAACAAACUCAAAGAAAUUACCACCGAAAUCAUCGAGGAGCUGAAUGAGGCCCGUAUUCGGAAUGUCAUGUGCACCGGUGACAACAUCUUAACCGCCAUCAGUGUGGCCCGCGAGUGCGGACUCAUCAACCGUGAUGAGCAUUGUUUUGUCCCUCACUUCAUCGACAGCGACAAAAUGGACCCAAAAGCUCGAUUGAUUUGGGAAAGUGUGGAUAAUCAGAUCUACCAGCUGGACGAGAAUACGCUCCUCCCAUUGGAAUUGCCCGCUGAACAGAACACUAGCGCUCCAUACGAUGCCUUGGCUAUGGGCGACUAUACUUUGGCCGUAACCGGUGACGCUUUCCGGUGGAUAGUCGACUUUGCUUCAACAGAAGUUCUGCAAAGGAUGCUUGUGAAAGGUGCCGUAUUCGCCAGAAUGUCACCUGAUGAGAAACACGAGUUGGUGGAGAAGUUACAAAGCAUUGACUAUUGCUGUGGCUUCUGUGGUGACGGCGCCAACGACUGUGGUGCACUAAAGGCCGCGGACGUUGGCGUAUCGCUCUCUGAGGCCGAGGCUUCUGUUGCGGCCCCAUUUACCAGCCAUAUCUUCGACAUUUCAUGUGUUCCGACCUUGAUAAAGGAGGGUCGAGCAGCCCUCGUGACAAGCUUCUGCUGCUUCAAGUACAUGAGCUUGUACUCGGCCAUUCAGUUCACCUCAGUCAGCUUCCUCUAUGCUUCGGCGUCGAACCUGGGCGAUUUCCAGUUCCUCUUCAUCGACUUGGCGUUGAUCUUGCCGAUAGCAAUCUUCAUGGGUUGGACCGGAGCGUAUCCUAACCUGAGCAAGAAGCGUCCGACAGCAAACCUCGUCUCGAGAAAAGUACUGACCCCCCUUCUUGGACAGAUUGUGCUCUCUAUACUUGUCCAGUUGGUUGCAUUCGAAACGGUACAGCAGCAACCAUGGUACAUUCCGCCACGACUCAACAAGCAGAAAUCCAAUGUCGACAAUUCUCAGAAUACUGCUCUGUUUCUGGUUUCGUGCUUCCAGUAUACCUUCUCAGGCGUUGUCCUGAGUGUCGGCCCUCCCUUUCGACAAUCCAUGACGAAGAAUGUACCUUUCUGCGUUACCCUUGCGGUGGCUUCGUUGAUUUCCCUCUACAUGCUUCUCGAUCCAGCGAUAUGGCUGUCGAAUUUCAUGGAUCUCACCGAAAUGUCUCUUGGUUACGAGCUGUUUCUGCUGGCGUUGGCUGCAGCUGGAUUCGCCCUGGCUUACCUCGCCGAGAGAAACAUUUUCCCGAUCAUGGCGAAAUACCUUGGUCGGUUGAAGUUGAAGCUCCGACCCAAGCAUCCCAAGAUCAGAAAGAAGUACAAGGUUAUCUAUGAGGAUAUACAAAAGAGUAAAUAGACCCUGUACAAUACAACUAAGACUAUUGUUAUUACUAUUGAUGAAAACGAGACACCAGAUUCAAGUUACCUGUUUCCCUUUGGUUUUCGUCGUCGCUGUUGAUAUUGGCCCAAAAAAUCGUGGCUCAUGA